GCUGUGGCUCUGCGAAUGGGGGUGAGCUGUGUCUCGGAGACGGACAGUGCGGCACGAGGGACGACAUCAACAAUUGCUACGAUGCCGCCUUCACAUAUCCGCCAUCCUUGGAUGUUUACCGCAAGGGCAGAGGCACAACCAAGACCAGCACCACUGUGAGCUCUGCAACGCAGACGACCAGUGUGACCCUCACAACCACUCACUGGUACGAGGAGGGUCCCUGGCGACUCGUCGGUUCAUGCACUGUCACCGCGGAUUGUGCCAAGACUUCUGGCGAUGGGAUGUGCACCUUCACACUCCCGAGGGGCACGCCUGUGAAGGUGACGCAUGCGGGCUCCGCGAAUUCUGAGAUCUUCAGCAUCAAUGGAGUUGAGCUGACACCCAGUUCAAUAGGUGAGACCUUCGUGGUUGACACGGAGAUAUCCUGGAAGUCGGAUCAGGACCGGACAGAGAGCUGGUGGGAAGUUUGCAUAGAGACACCUUCUUGCAGCGAUGGUUUGGGGGUGUUGCCCGUAGAUUCGGCAGAGUGCCCGGCAAGCACAGCCGACCUCCUUAGUUGUGGGGCUGCGCAGCCUGGAGACCUUUGCUUAGGUGACGGAGAAUGCCUGACAUAUUCUGGCCUCAACAACUGUCCCCCAAACGCAAUCUACAUCAAGGAGGUGGGUACGACUCUAACGGUCAGCAGCACGACCUCCUUGACCGCAACCUUCACCCCUUCGGCUUGGCAAGUCACCGGCCCCUGCACGUUGAGUGGCACAUGUGUGCAGAGCCCCAACUAUCCAGAGCCGUAUGGACCCAACGAGCGCUGUGAGUUCUCCCUUCCUCCAAACUCAGUGGUUACGAUCGUGGACUUUGCCACGGAGCUCAACUACGAUCGACUGAGCAUCAAUGGUCGGGACUAUAGCGGCCCAGGCCAUGCGAUCGUUGGCAAGCCCUUUCUUGUGGAAUCCCUGUCUUGGAGAACUGACGAGUCCCGGUCCGACAGGGGCUGGCAGCUUUGCCUCCAGGAGUCCAGGUCCGGUGCCGAGGCUCCAAAGGGUGCUCUAAGAUUGAUCUGA